AUGUCGUCGUCGUCGGACAUAUACGCCUUCCGAAGGACCCCAGAGGGGAUGGCAAUCGAGAACAUCAAUGUGUUCAAAGCGACAUACCUCGACCGAUAUGGUUUUGAACUUUCUAGCCAGCAAAUCCACUCCGCACUUGAACACCGUCGGGACGUCCGUGACUUCUCAGCAGGAGGGCCUUACACCGGUUCCGAUCUGCAGCAAGCGAAGAAUUCUACCAUGUUGGCCGCGGUCUGUUUAGAAAAAUUGACGGAAAGAGUGGGUUCAGCGCUGUGCGAAGCAAGAGAUCGAGUCACGGCGUCGCUGGUAUCACGAGAUCCCUCUUCUCAACUUUCGUGCCUAAUUCUUAGUCUCAUCCCGCCAAUGAAUGAUAACAAGGUCUGCGGAUACAAGCGACCCAACAUACAUUUCAAACAAGAGGUGGUUUCAGGUUCUGGCGCGCAAGCAACUGCCGCCGCCGUGGCCGCCGCGAAUGCAGCCGCCACCGCCGACGCCGACGCCAGGAUCCGUGAUAUCUUUACGGAUUGCCUUGGAUAUUCAAUCACACCCUACGUAACAAAGGCAAGAGCAAAAGGACACGUCUCUCAAUACGUUCGUUCGAUCGUUCUCCAAUACUUUUCACACCAACCAUCUUCAG